GGUAUCUGUAUCCUUCUUGGUUAUUUAAAUAUAAAUUCCUAUGGUAAAGGUGAAAAACCUUUUUUAAUGCUGUAGAAAAAGAUUUUAUUAGUGAUGGUAUUGUCUCAGAGUUCUUGAAUCUGAAUAUAUAGAAUAGGAACCUAAAAACAGUUUUUGACUAUCUUCUUCAUGAAAAAAUAUUUUCUAGAGAAAGUACAUCACGUUUUACACAUUUACUUCUAGAUAUGGCAGACAUUUUCUACUAUAAAAUAGAAAUUUUUUUCCUGUAAAAAUGAAUUACAGUCAUACGAAAGCUUCAUGAUUUUAGUGUUGCAACCUAAAAAAGUAGUUUUUCUUUUGUAGAAUAGUUUUGUGAAUGGCAUCUCAGUUCCAGAUGACGUAUUUAAAAUGAUCCUUAGAAAUGUAUUGUUCCGGUAGUACAGCCAUGGAGACUUGUUUGCAGAUUCAAAAUGGAUAGUAUAGAAGAACCUCAGAAAAAAGUCUUUAAGGCUCGAAAAACAAUGAGAGUGAGUGACCGUCAGCAACUUGAAGCAGUGUACAAGGUCAAAGAAGAACUGUUGAAAGCUGAUGUCAAGCUGUUAAAUGGCAACCAUGAAAAUGGAGAUUUGGACCCAACCUCACCUUUGGAAAAUAUGGAUUAUAUUAAUGACAAGGAAGAGGUGAAUGGCAUUGAAGAGCUUUGUUUUGAUCCUGAAAAAAGUAAAUCAGAAUGGAAAGAAACCUCUUGUACCUUAAAUGUUAAUAUAAAAAACAAGCAGGAUGAUGAUUUAAAGCAUGAACCUUUGUCUCCUAAUAGUAUAGCUCCUGAACUAGUCUGUAAACUGACUGCUGAACCAGCUUCUGAUGAGCCAGCCUCUGUUGAGCUGGCUAUGGCAGAUCCAGCUUCUGGAGAUUCAGCCCCUGAAGAUCUGGCCUCUGAAGUAUUAACCUCUGGCGAUCCUGCCUCUAGUGAUCCCGCCUCUGGUGAUCCCACCUCUGGUGAUUCCACCUCUGGUGAUAUCACCUCUGGUGAAACAGUUUCUAAUGAAACAGUCUCCAGUGAACCUUUCUCUGGUGAAUUGGUCUCUGGUGAAUCGGUCCCUGAUGAAUCAGUCUCUGGUGAACCAAUCUCCAGUGAUCCAGCCUCUGGUGAUUUAGCUUCUGCUGAUCUGUCCUCUGGAGCACUGGCCUCUGAUGAUCCAGCCUCUGGUGAUCCAGCUUCUGGUAAUCCAGCCUCUGGUGAUCAAACCCCCAGUGAUCUGGCCUCUGAUGAACCCACUUCUGAUGAACUGACUUCUGAAUCAGCUUUUCAUCCCACCUUUGAACCAAGUUCUGUACCAGUCUGUGAACCUGUUCCUGAAACUGACAGUACAGAGCCUAGUAGCAAUAAAGGUGAUGAUUUUCUUGAAAAAAAUGGGGAUGAUGAAAAGUUAGACCAGAUUUUCUCAUUUGAUGAGAAAAAUAAAGCUGACAGUAAUAUCGAUGCUGAUGAAGAAACCCUGGAAACAGAUGAUACAGUUAUUUGUUCAGAUCUACCUCCUGAAAAUGAAAAGAAGGCAAAGGAAGAUGCUGUCACAGAACCUGCUCUUGGAGAGGAGGCUAUAUCUAGCAGUAUGGAAAUUGACCAAAGUGAAAAGAAUGAAGAUGAAAAUUCUGCAGACCUUGCAGAAACCAUUAGUGAAAAUGUUAUAAAAGACGACAAAAAUGAGAUUAUCUUGGAAAAUACAGAUUCUAUGGAGACAGAUGAAAUUAUUCCUAUUUUGGAAAAGCUUGCACCUGCUGAAGAUGAACUUACUUGCUUUUCUAAAACUUCUCUCCUUCCAAUUGAUGAGACAAAUCCAGAUUUGGAAGAGAAGAUGGAAGGUUCUUUUGGUUCACCAUCUAAACAAGAAAGCAGUGAGAGUUUGCCAAAAGAAGCCUUUUUGGUCCUCUCUGAUGAAGAGGAUCUUUCUGGUGAAAAAGAUGAAUCUGAAGUUAUAUCACAAAAUGAAACAUGCUCUCCAGCAGAAGUAGGAACUCAUGAAAAGAAUAGCAAACCUGAGGAAGAAGAGCAAGUAGUAAAUGAAGAUGAAAGACCUUCUGAGAAAAGUGAAUUUUCCAGAAGAAAACGUUCUAAAUCAGAGGAUAUGGACAAUGUACAGUCCAAACGUCGUCGAUAUAUGGAAGAAGAGUAUGAAGCAGAAUUUCAAGUGAAGAUUACAGCCAAAGGAGAUAUUAACCAGAAGCUACAAAAGGUUGUACAGUGGUUGCUGGAAGAAAAAUUGUGUGCACUACAAUGUGCUGUAUUUGAUAAGACUUUGGCAGAAUUGAAAACACGAGUGGAAAAGAUUGAAUGUAACAAGAGGCAUAAAACAGUUAUUACUGAACUGCAGGCCAAGAUAGCCAGGUUAACCAAACGCUUUGGAGCAGCCAAAGAAGAUCUUAAGAAAAGACAAGAAAAUCCACCGAACCCACCAGUAUCACCAGGGAAGUCUGUAGUUGACGUCAACAGCAAUAAUAACAAUGUGCCGUACAGAAAUGCAGGCACAGUGAGACAGAUGCUGGAGUCUAAAAGGAAUGUAAGUGAGAGUGCACCACCAACCUUUCCAACCCCUGUGAAUACAGUAUCUUCAACCAGUCUUGUCACUCCUCCAACAGUUGUCAGUAGUCAACCUAAAUUGCAGACUCCAGUGACUUCUGGUUCUCUGACAGCAACGUCAGUUCUUCCUGCACCCAACACAGCUACAGUAGUUGCUACUACUCAGGUGCCUAGUGGAAAUCCCCAACCUACAAUCUCUUUACAACCUUUACCAGUGAUUUUGCAUGUACCUGUUGCGGUAUCCUCCCAGCCUCAACUCCUACAGAGCCAUCCAGGGACUUUAGUGACCAAUCAACCAUCUGGCAACGUUGAGUUCAUUUCUGUACAAAGCCCACCUACAGUGAGUGGUCUUACCAAAAAUCCAGUAUCCUUGCCAGCCUUGCCAAACCCCACUAAAACAAACAAUGUUCCUUCUGUGGCCAGUCCUAGUAUUCAAAGGAACUCUCCUGCCAAUGCUGCACCAUUAGGAACAACGCUUGCUGUACAGGCUGUUCCAACAGCACACUCUAUUGUACAAGCCACAAGGACUUCUUUACCUACAGUAGGCCCAUCAGGACUGUAUAGUCCAUCAAAUAAUCGAGGUCCUAUACAGAUGAAAAUUCCAAUUUCUGCUUUUAGUACUUCAUCUCCUGCAGAACAGAGCACUGCUACCCCAAGAAUUGGUAAGUCACUGUGUAGGCUUAAUAAUAGAAAUAUAGUAGUCAUGUUAAUGGCCUAUUUAGAUAAUUGAACAUUUGCGUAUGUUUGUGGAAGUGGCUAUUUUUAUUUGAAGAAGAAAGUAAAUAGAAUAUCCUAGAGAUGAUUUUUAGUAAGUUUUUAAUUACCUUAAGAAAUAAUGUUAAGAUGGUAUUUGAGAGAGAGUUUAUUUUGAAUGAAAAGUUAGAAUUUUAAUUUAGCUUUUAGUAAUUUUUCCUAAUCUGGGUGAAAUUUUUUAGGCUUUGAGGCAAGCAUUAUGAAUUAAAGUAUAUCAUUCUACAUAAUAUAUGUUUACAAGAGGAAAUGACAAACCACCUAUCUUCCCUACCAUUUAUUAAAAUCCUUUGUGCAUUCAUCACUCACAUCUUCCAAAUUGGAACAAUUUAAAAAAUAGGUUCUUCUCUCUCUGAUUUACUAUAAAAUGUUUGCUUCUUGUUUUCUCUUUUAUAUAUUUCCCCCAUGACAUAUGAUUAUGUUUGUAUAUGUCUGUAUAUUUUCCAGUAUUGCAAAAAGGAGAAAUUGAUUGUACCUGUAUUUAAAAUCUGUAAAAUUGUAUGUCUUCCUUGUUCUUAAGAAGCGUACAUUUUGUAUGCAUUCUUAAACUUCCUCAUUCUUCAUUGCUGGCUUCACAUUUAUUCCCACUGUUGUAAAGAUAGGCUCAAAAGUGGGUAGGAAUUGUGCAAUAGUGAAAUUGCUGCUGGUUUCUCUCUUAUUGAUAUAGUAACUAUGAAAUAGAAGAAACAGAUUCUAGAGUGUGAAAUUUCAUAAGUGAGAUAUAUAAUAAGCCUUUUGUUUUUUUAAAUUUGUCAUGUAGCCUUAGUAGUGUACUUACCCUCUGAGUAUAUUUUCUCAUAUAAAAUAGUGCUUGUAGUAUUUUAUAAGGUUGUUGAGAGUAAAUGAGUAGAUGAUCAAAAUUAUCAAUCUCAUACAAAUUUACAUCUGGGAUACAAGAGGAAAUCUGAAAUUUUAUAUAAAAAUGUAAUUAUUGAUAGUAUUUAAAAUGUAAAUGCUCGCAUAGUAUAAUAACAAUAUUUGUUAGCCCUACGUGCUACCACAGUACUCUUAGGCACUCUCAUUCAUGUUUGCAGCACUGAAAGAUGCUUACUUUUCAGUGAAUGAGCAAGAUUUUGGGGGGUUAUUUCAUUUUUCUCUAAUUUCUUUUUCUAAUCCUUAGUAUAUUUUAAUAUGUCAGGUAGAAGGUGAUUUCUCAUAAACAUUGUUUUAUGUGAUUUUUAGAGUUUUUCCUCCUUAUGAAGUAUUGAGCCUAAGUUGACACUUUUUAAUUCAUGGUCAGAAGAUAUAUUCUUAAACAUAGAACUUUUCCUGAUAGACCAUGGCUUGAAAAGAAAUAAAUAACUUAAAAGAUUUUGCUUAGUUUUGUGAAUGCUUAUACCCUAAACACUUCUGCGGGUAUCAGAGUUAUCAUUUAAUUAUUUUGUUUUCUUAAAAUUUUAUGACCAUUUGUUGACACAAAGGGUAUAUUUUUUCCCAAAAUUAGCUAGCUAAUGCACUCUAUUAGUUAUAGUGUUAGUCUGUUUUGUAUUUAAUUACUUGACUGUUCUUAAUUGUUUUUGUAUGUAAAACUAAUAGUUUUCACCUCUACAUCAUUCUACCUUUGCGAUAAUAUACAUUUAUACUUAAAAUUUUAUAUUUUAACAUAUACUGAUUUAAUACAUUUUUAUGUACUUUAUUGUAUAAAUUAAGGAGAUCUUCAUUUCAAGUUCUGUUUAUAGAGUGCUUACUUAUUUUUGAAAGUAGAUGAUUGGAUAUGAUAAGCUUUUUUGUAUAUUUUUCGUCAUGCUAAUUAGAAUGAGAUCUGAUGAAAUGAUAUAUUCUUUAAUCAUGCAUAAUUUUAGAGGUGCCAUAAAUGAUGUUACAGUAGGUAUUUAGCUGUUUAGGCUUCCCAAAACCUAAGCUGAAACCAUAUGGCAAAUUUUGGCUGAAUAUGAAGGUUGAAGCCAACCUUUAGUACAUUUG